CCUGGUGUAUGCCCAAUACUAAAACCCAUGAUUCAGUUAUUCUGCUUUAUAGUAAAGUGUUCUCCAUGUGCUCUGGAUGUGCUUCUCCACAAUGGCAGAUACAGUUAAAAGGGGACACCAAUUAUGUCAUACUGUAGCAGUCAUAUUAGUCCUGUGCUCUUUGGUGGUGAGUUUAACUUGUUUUAGCUUGCGAGGCCUGAGCAGAAAGCAGGACAAGGUAGUUAUUGAGGCCGCGGUGAUGGAAGUAAGGAGGGGAAGCAUUCUCUUCAAUGGGAAAGAGUUUGACUCCCAGUCAGGGUCUUUCUCUGCUGCUGCCACAGAAAAUGAUGGAUUGCUGCACACACUGACUUGGAUCAACGAUGGCACAGGGAUAUUGGAGCAGAUGUCACAGUUGGAGGAUGCCAUGGCCAAUGAAGCAGCAUGGAGGCGCUUGAAUCCUUCCCUUUACUGUGGUCAAAACAAGAUGAAGUUGAGAGCCAUGGGACCCAGAGCCGCUGACUUACAGCUUGACAUGGGCAAUGCACGUCCUCUGCAUUUGCUCCAGGUGCCUGAAACCUGUGGCUACUCAAUGAAGCAAAAUGCACUAGGCCUCAUUUUGGUUGUUCCCUACGAUGGCUGCAAUGUGAUACAAGAGAAUGGCAAUUACGUGUUGUCAAUGAGUUGGCUUGAGACUCCUGUAAAAUUCAAUUGCCCCAUGUUGACAAGUUCUGCUGUAACACCUGCUUCGACUAUCCCCAAGGCUGUACAGCAGCCCUGGAAACUUGCUUUCCUUCAUGGGGCCCGUCAUAAGCGCCAGACAAACCAGCCCCUGCCCAACCCCUAUAAUGUCUAUUGGCAGUGGUACAACUACUACAUGUAUAUGAUGGCACAAGCCCCUUCUGCUGCUACAACUACUGCUAAGCCUGACACGACCACCAUGACUACCAAGCCAUCUACAGAGAACCCCCCUCAAAUUAAUCCUCCAGCCUCUCCUCCCAAUUUUUAUUACCCUUACUGUUUUCCUCAAUACCCCUACUACGCUCUACCACCCUAUCCAAAUGUGCCAGUGAGGACUACUACACCACCGGCCACUACAACUGCCAAAACUACUGGACCUCUCACUACUGAGAUGACCACAACAGCCCCCUCAUCAUCCACCAUGACUACUCAAAAAAUACCAAACCCCUAUUACCCACUAUAUAUUCCUUAUCCCUACUACCCUCCAGCAGGACAACCGAUGCCAGGACUCCCUGAAAAUUCCCAAGUUUACUACUACCCACUUAUCCAACAUUGCUAUGGAGCAUACCCACAAAUGCAAACUACACAGCUUCCAACUGUCACAACUGCUAAGCAGGGUAACCCAACUCCCACCACUAAACCGACGACAAAGCCAACAACUGCCUCUGCUACCACAGCUCCAACAACUGCCUCUGCUACCACAGCUCCAACAACUUCAUGUACAAAAAAACCCAGCUGUGGCAAGUAUCCAGGCCCACUGAGUCCAUAUGUACCUUACUACCAGCUUCCCUUCACUCCAUAUGUUUCAUACCAGGCCAAGGCUGGCAAACUCCCAUAUGACCAGAAAUACAUGCCUCCAGCUGACUACAAAUCUGAUCUCCAGGCUCGAGCUCACCCACCCCCACAUCCAGGCUUCAACUACUGGCAACCUGUGCCCUGGCUUCACCAUUCAACAGGCAAAGACAAUUUUCAGUUUGACUGAAAAAAUCUCUACCCUAAACAUUUCUAACUCAGAUGGGGCUAGUGUCCUAUGAUGCUUGGAAAAAUUAAACUUCAAUAAAGUGGUUUAACUGUUUAA